UGUGGUCUAGCCAUGAGCAACUCCAGCGUGGCCCCGUCCUCCUUUGAGUUCACUGUGUUCUCAGACCUUGGCUCCCUCAGAUAUCUCUUCUUCUGUCUCUGUCUGUUGCUCUUCAUGACCAUCAUCUCUGCUAAUGUCGUCAUCAUUCUGAGCGUCUGUCUGGAGAAGUCUCUGCAUCAGCCCAUGUACAUUUUCAUCUGCUGUCUGUCUCUAAACUCUGUGUACGGCUCCGUCGGCUUCUUCCCCAGGUUCCUGAUGGACCUGCUGUCUGACGCUCAUCUCAUCUCGCGCCUGUUCUGUUUGACCCAGAUGUAUGUUAUUUACACAUACAAAACACAUGAGAUGACCCUCCUCACUGUCAUGGCCUAUGACAGGCUGCUGGCUAUCUGUCAGCCUCUACACUACCGCAGUAAGAUGACGCUGAGGACGGUCAUACUGCUUUUAUUUUUGGCUGUCCUGCAUCCUGUGUCUGUUUUCAGCUACUUUUUCUAUCAGGCCGUCACUUUGCCUUUGUGUGGGAAUAAACUGCACAGGAUCUUUUGCACCAACUGGUCUGUAGUUCAGCUCUCUUGUGUGGGAACGCCUGUGACGACCACAGCAGUUCAGUUCAUUUCUGUGUCUCUGAUCCUCACUCUUCUGUUCUUCGUCCUCUACUCCUACCUGCGUAUUCUGCUCGUCUGCAGGAGAAGCUCAGCUGAGUUCAGAGGGAAGGCGCUGCAGACCUGUCUGCCCCACAUCGUGACUUUUGUGAAUUAUUGCCUCUCUGUCAUCAUUGAAGUCUCGCUGAGUCUUUAUAAGGUCAAUGAAGUAAACACCAUUGUCAUAGCUGUUCUGUCUGUGGAGUUUCUGAUUAUUCCCCCCAUGAAUAAUCCUCUGGUUUAUGGCCUGAAUCUGCCUCAGAUCAGAGCAGCGAUUGUUAGAUCCCUAAGGAUACACAAAAUAAGCCGUCAGCCAUUCAUGUAAAGAUCCAGCAGGCUCGGACAAGAACUUCUGAAGCUUUGUUAGUCUUUCAUGGGCGUCCGUGAUACAUUUUUU